AUGAAAAUACAUACUCGAGAAAAACCUUUUUCGUGUAAUAUCUGUAAAUAUCAAUGUAUUCGUAAAAGUCAUUUGCAAAGGCAUAUGAAAAUACAUACUGGAGAAAAACCUUUUUCAUGUAAUAUCUGUGAAUAUAAAUGUAUUACAAAAAGUGAUUUGCAAAAGCAUAUGAAAAUACAUACUGGAGAAAAACCUUUUUCAUGUAAUAUCUGUGAAUAUAAAUGUAUUACAAAAAGUGUUUUGCAAAGGCAUAUGAAAAUACAUACUGGAGAAAAACCUUUUUCAUGUAAUAUCUGUGAAUAUAAAUGUAUUACAAAAAGGGAUUUGCAAAGGCAUAUGAAAAUACAUACCGGAGAAAAACCUUUUUCAUGUAAUAUCUGUGAAUAUAAAUGUAUUACAAAAAGUGUUUUGCAAAGGCAUAUGAAAAUACAUACUGGAGAAAAACCUUUUUCAUGA